AUUUGUCAAUAACAUAGUAAUCCCAAAAGUCUAAACAAAACGAAAUAAUUUUCGUAGUGGAAAAUAAAUGAGUGAAAAUGAGAAAUUUAUCAGUAUGAUUGGUAGUAGUAAUAGGUGCUUAGGGCGCGGUUGUAUUUCUAAUAUUAAUUUAUUACAUUACUAAGCUGAGUUCUUAGGUGGAAUGUCAGUAGCUAAAAAAAUAUUUUUUCAAAGCGUAAUUGAUGUGGAAUAUUGUGAAUAUGGACUCAAGCACUGAACAUUGGGACCCAGCCCUCACUCGUCUCCUUACAUCGCUGAAAGAAGUACAAUCAGGUGGAGAAGAUGUUGCAUUCCUAAGUGAACUGCUGCAGUCGAAACAGCUUCAUGCUCUUGUUCAAGUACAUAAUAAAAUUGUUGCCAAAGGCAAAGAUGAUAAGUUCUAUCCUCUCUUGUCUAAUGCAAUGCAAGUAACUUUGGAAGUAUUUGAGCUACUCCAUGAUGUAGUAUCAGUAUCAAAGGAAUAUAGAGAACUACUUAACUUAUUGCAGAAACCACAUUUUCAAGCUAUACUUUGCACUCAUGAUGCUGUUGCUCAAAAAGAUUAUUACCCACAUCUGCCUGAUGUUCCACCUGAACUAGAUGAUGAAGAAGAAACUGUAAAAAUUGUUCAAUUAGUUAAGAGUGAUGAACCUUUGGGUGGAGCACAGAGUGCAGAACCAAUAGUGGGAGCCACGAUUAAGACAGAUGAAGAGACCGGGAAAAUCGUGAUAGCACGAGUAAUGCACGGCGGAGCCGCUGACAGAUCUGGGUUGAUCCACGCCGGCGAUGAAGUUAUCGAAGUCAACGGUAUCAGCGUGGAGAACAAAACUCCGGCUGAUGUGUGGCAAGCUCGAAGGGAAGGCGAUAGAGUAAUGAGAGCAGGUUUGAUACCGUCAAGAGCUCUGCAAGAAGGUCGCAUUAUUCAUGAAAGACAAACAGACCCACAAACAUUGGAUGGUCGCGUUUGCGUAUUAAGUCCUCACUGGCAAGCUUUGAAGAUGCUCCGCACGCCUCGGUUGCGGCCUUACAUCGUGUUCAUCAGACCGCCAUCGCACGAGCGCCUCAUUGAGACUAGGACAGCAGCUAAUGCGCGGUCCACUUUCGACAAGGAAUGCUCCCGGGCUUUCACUGAAGAAGAGUUGUCAGACAUCGUGCGGUCGUCAAACCGCAUCAAUUUCCUGUACGGCUACAUGUUUGACGAGGAGAUCGUGAACGAGGACCUGGCCAGCGCCCUCUCGAAGCUCCUCAAGACAGCUUGGCGGGUGCAGUCGGAGCCGCUGUGGGUGCCUGCCUCUUGGGUCCAGUAACAUAAAUAUUCAUAUACUCUCGUUACUUGUAAUCUUUUAUCCAUGGAAUCGUUUAUAAAACCGCUGCAAAUGUUCAUAGAAUCUAUAAAAUAAUGUAGCACCUAUGUACAAGUAACUCAUUUUGUUUUAGUGUAGAGACGAACGAUAUUUUCCCUUGAUAUUAUGUAUAUUUUUGUUAAAAGAAAAUAAUAUCUAGAUUAAUUUCGUUCGAAACAUUGAGUGGUCCUUGAAAGACGAAAAGCCUUAAAUUAAAUAUAUUUUUGCUUGAUAGAAUAUUACGAACAGGGCUUCGCUAAAUAUAUUAAGAUAUUUUAUUAUGUGAUUUUAUUAGAAAUGAGAUGUUGUACGCAUAUCGUAGGGUUGUUUUGAGCGUUAUUUAUGUACCCGAGCAGCUGUUAGUGUUUGCGUGCUUGCGUUGCGUAUUAUUUGACGAAUGGCAAGGGAAAGGGAUAAUCGAAAUGCUGACGAUUCACAAUACUUAAUGAUGCAUGCACCUUGUCUUAGUCGAGUAAAAUUAUCCUUAGUCACAUUGUUCUUGCCAUAACCAAAAACAAAAUCUACAUAAAUAGUCGAAUUAAUAUUGUUCUAAACAGUUUAGUAGAAUUUAGUUAAAAUAUAGGUACAUAACUCAAAAUGGUCCACUUAUAUCAGCCAUUUUAGAAAUUUAAAUUAUUGGAUAUUUGUCAACUGAUUAAUAUACUUUAAUUAUGUUACAGUUAUCACACCUUAAAUUCAAUAGUUUUUGUUGCCCUAACAUUAAUGGUGUAAAUUAAUAACGUUGAAUUUAUUAUCCUCAGGUAUUAUAAUUAAAAGGUAAUGGUAUUUUAAAAGAUACAAAAACCUUUUAAUUAAUAUUUAUUUCUAAAAAUGAAAUUAUAAUAAAUGUAAAUAGUUUGCGCGACUAAGGCAAUGAGAUAGUGUUUCGCAUAAUAGGAACUUUGCUGUGACGACCUUCAUUGAUCUAUGACUAAAUAUGGAUGGAGGUUUUCCUAAGAUGCGUAGGUACAUACCAUAGUUUGCUUAGGUCAGGUCUUUGGAAAGGAAAAUACAGGCAGCCCUUGUACAGCUCGCUUGAAAUUAAAACCUGCUUUAUUUUGAGAUUUGGCGACUGUGCAGUAAAUCUAAAUCGGUUGAUAAAACAACACGAAGUUGUUGCUUAUUUUGCUUGUAUAGUAGAUACAUCAUCAUCCGCGUACCCAAAAGCACUCAGAAAAGGACCAUAUGAAAUUGGCGACAAAUUAUUCAAAGCUAAUUUCCACAGGUACCAGCCAAUAAAAGAGAAUCAAUUUUACUGAGCUGUGGACCAAAUAUCUGUACAUUGUAAAUAUCACUAAAGCACGGCUUUCAUAUUGAGAAGUACCAUAAAUCACCACGCUUUGAAAAAAAUGAUAUAUGUGCCCAAAUAAAUUUACUAUGAUCCACACAGAGAGUCGCGUCAACCCUGAAUUUACCUAUAUUAAAACCGAAUUGAUUGUUGAAAACAUUUUGGUCCACCUGGCACCUUAAGUACAAGGAGUGAUAAGC